AUGAAAACUCUCAUCUUUGCAGCUGCCGGGCUACUGCUUCUGCCACCCACUUUCUGUCAAAGCGGUAUGGAAAAGGACACCGACAACUUGGCAGAGCCCACUUUACCUAUUAAGACCUUUCGUGGAAUUCCCCAAAAUUCUUUUGAAGAGUUUCCCUUUUCGGCCAUAGAAGGCUGGACGGGACCCACCAUAACUGUAAAAAACAAGUGUUCUGAUGAAAGUGUUUCAAAUCUCCAUGUGAACAAUGCUACCAUGGUGUACCUGAAAAGCUCCUUAAGCACCAAACUGAUACCUGCCAUCUAUAUCCUGGUGUUCGUGGUUGGUGUGUCAGCCAAUGCAGUGACCCUGUGGAUGCUCAUCUUCAGGACCAGGUCCAUCUGUAUGGCAAUCUUCUACACCAACCUGGCCAUUGCGGAUUUUCUUUUUUGCAUCACACUGCCCUUUAAGAUAGCAUACCAUCUCAAUGGCAACAACUGGGUGUUUGGGGAGGUCAUGUGCCGGGCUACCACUGUCAUCUUCUAUGGCAACAUGUACUGCUCUAUUUUGCUCCUUGCCUGUAUCAGCAUUAGCCGCUACCUGGCUGUUGUCCACCCUUUCACUUACCGGGGGCUGCCUAAGCGUACCUAUGCCUUGCUAACAUGUGGAUUAGUGUGGGUAACAGUUUUCUUAUAUAUGCUGCCAUUUUUCAUCCUAAAGCAGGAGUACUACCUUGUCCAGCCAGAUAUCACCACCUGCCAUGAUGUCCACAAUACAUGCGAGUCUUCAUCUCCCUUCCAAAUCUACUACUUCAUUUCUUUGGCAUUCUUUGGAUUCUUAAUUCCAUUUGUGGUCAUCAUCUUCUGCUACUCAGCCAUCAUUAGAACACUUAAUGCAUAUGAUCAGAGAUGGUUAUGGUCUGUGAAAGCGAGCCUCCUCAUCCUUGUGAUUUUUACCAUUUGCUUUGCUCCAAGCAACAUUAUACUCAUUGUUCACCACGCUAACUACUACUACAACAACACUGAUGGCUUAUACUUUAUCUAUCUCAUAGCUUUAUGCCUCGGUAGCCUGAAUAGUUGCCUUGAUCCAUUCCUGUAUUUUCUCAUGUCAAAAAUCACAGAUCACUCUACUGCUUACCUUACAAUGGUAAAACCAUCUUAG